AUGGCAGCUGUGCUGGCAAGUCCCCGCCAACUCGCAAGCGCAUCACACCAACCGCUUCGUCUCCUCGACCUGAUUGUGCGCCGUGGGCAAGUCUUCAAGUGCACCGUGUACUUCAACCGGGCCCCGAAGGAUGGAGAAAGCUUCAGCUUUGUAGCUGAAACAGGGCAAGGCGCUUCGGAGGCCAACCAGACCAGGACCACCUUUGCCGUCUCCGUGGGGCUGGCCGGAGGCUGCUGGAGUGCCGCACAGGUCUCCCGGGAGUCCAACUACGUCAACUUCGCCAUCUCCAGUCCCCCCGUGGCCAUCAUCGGGCGCUACAAGCUGAGCCUGCAGGUGACCUGUGGCAACAAGGUGUCCACCCGGCUGCUCGGCCAGUUUGUCCUGCUCUUCAACCCCUGGUGCUCAGGUGACCUUGUCCACCUGGCCAACGAGGCUGAGCUGCAGGAGUAUGUCUUGAAUGAAAACGGGAUAAUCUUUGUGGGGAAUGCGCAGUACAUCGAAGCACGAGGAUGGUACUUUGGCCAGUUCCAGCAGAACAUCCUGAACCUCUGUCUUCACCUUCUGGAUCUCAGCCUCUAUCACCGGCAGGAUCCGGCAGGAGACACGGCCCGCCGAGGGGACCCCCGAUACGUGGGCCGAGUGAUCAGCUCCAUGGUCAACGGCAACGACAGCGACAACGGCGUGCUGGAGGGGAAGUGGAACGCGAACUUUGCGAACCACGAGAACCCCUCCCGGUGGGACGGGAGCGUGGCCAUCCUCCAGAAGUGGGCACAGAACAAGUACAAGUCGGUCCAGUACGGCCAGUGCUGGGUCUUCGCAGGCGUGGCAGGGACCGUCCUGCGGUGCCUGGGCAUCCCCAUGCGGCUGGUCACCAACUUCAACUCUGCUCACGACUCCGACGGGAACCUGAGUAUUGACAAAUACUACGACCCCUCCGGCAAGAGCCUCAAAAUUGGCCAAGACUCCACAUGGGACUACCACGUCUGGAAUGAAGGCUGGUUUGUCCGAAGAGACCUUGGGACGGCCUACUCUGGAUGGCAGGUGAUAGACGCCACCCCACAAGAGAAGAGCCAAGGGCUCUACCAGUGCGGACCAGCCUCCGUCCAGGCAGUCAAGCAAGGAGAGAUCGAGAUGUCCUACGACACGCCCUUCGUGUUCACAGAAGUCAACGCAGACCUCAACCGGUGGGUUGUCAAUAAGGACGGCUCCCGUGUUCGUGCCUAUUGCGACACGCGCUCCAUUGGCGUCCACAUCAGCACCAAGGCGGUGGGCAGCAACCAGCGGGUGGACAUCACCAACACCUACAAGUACCCUGAAGGCUCUGCCGAGGAGCGGACUAUUUACAAGAAGGCGUGCUCCAAGCUCCCGCGGUCCAGCAGCCCCGCCAGACGCCCCAACGAGCUGCUCACCCACCCGGAGCUCUUUGGGAAGUUCAAGCUGGCACAGCCCCCCCUGCUGGGGAAAGACAUCGAGCUCAUCCUCACCCUGAGCAACCUCUCCUCCGCCCCCAAGAGCGUCACCGUGAACCUCAGCGCCUCCAGCGUCCUCUACACCCGCACGGCUGUCCACGAGAUCCUGAAGGAAACCAUGCAUGUCAACUUUGGCUCCCAAGAAGAGAAGCACAUUCCCCUGCGCAUCCCCUACGGCCACUACUGCGCCUCCCUGACAGACGACAAGAAGAUCCUGGUGACUGCCCUCUGCGAUGUCAUGGAGGGCGUGAAGCUGCUGGUGGAGAAGGCCAUCACCCUGGAGAGCCCAAACAUCUCCAUUACGGUCCCCCCCAACGUGCAGGCCAAUAAGCCCAGCACCGUGGAGAUCUCCUACAGCAACCCCCUCCCGGAGCCGGUGGACAACUGCGUGCUGCUGGUGACGCUCAUGGGGCAGGCCGUCAAGAUCAAUGUGGCAGGACUGGCUGCUGGGGAGAAGUCCAAAAUCUACUUUGAAUUCACACCCCGGGCCGCUGGGGCCAUGCAGCUGCACGUCGACUUCUCCUGCAACAAAUUCCACCAUGUCAAGGGCUUCGUGCUCAUGCAGAUCUCUCCCCCGGCCGCCCACUGAUUCGGGACU